AUGAACACAAUAACUGAAUGUGAAAAAGGAUUACUUGAAUUAAUUGACAAAUUGCGAAACCAAUAUGGUUUAAUCAAUGUUUUAAAUGCCCAAUAUGAAACAAUACGUAAUCAACGGCGUAAAAUUGUUCUUGUUGUUGCUGGUAGUUUGAAAGCAGGCAAGAAUAGUUUCAUCAAUUAUCUUCUUGAAUCAGACGUAUGUCCUGCAGGAAUCUACGAAACAACUGCUCGAUUAACGAAAAUUACACAUGAUCUACAAACAUUAGUUAAACUUGAAUCGCUUACUGGUGAAUUAAAAGAACAGUACGAAAUACAUAGUAAUGAACAACUGAAAGAAAUUACUGACAAUCUCAUUGCUCUCAAAGGAGCUGCUCGUGAAGAAGAUGUAUGCACAGACAUUGCCACCAUUCAGUUGGAUCGUAAGGAAUUAGAAAAUAUUGAACUCUGGGAUAUUCCGGGCUAUGACGAAAACCCAUUGCUGAAUUCAAUUGUUGAAGAUAUUCUAAAAGAAACGAGUAUUUUUUUCAUUUUAACAUCGAUCGCGGGAGGUAUUCGUGACACCAUUGUGAAUCUUAUUCGAUCUUGUUGGAAAAAGUAUACAGAUCGACCAAAAGUUUGCUUUAUUGUAACAAAAAUCAAUCAGGUGACGAUGAACCCAAAGGCAGAAACAACUUUAGAUAACGCGCUCGAUCAUGUAUUUCGUCGAAUUCAAAAUCAAUUUCAAAUAGAACUCGGUGACGAGUGGAAAUCUUCACACUUUUCAUUCCAUUAUGUACGGAUUCGAAAUACAAUUUGA